AUGAAUUUCAAUACAAAUUCAAUUGUAAGAGUUGUUAAAAGGAGAAAUACGGCAAAUAAAAAAGAAAGAAGAAGAACACAAAGUAUAAAUAAUGCAUUUGCUGAUUUAAGGGAUUGCAUUCCAAAUGUACCAGCCGAUACGAAACUAUCCAAGAUAAAAACUCUUAGGUUGGCAACAAGUUACAUCGGGUACCUAAUGGGUGUAUUGGCAAGCGACGAUCCAAAUGUCAUACAAACGGAAUUUCGUGCUGAUCUAGUCAGUCAAACAAAAAGAUCUUCUUCAUAUUCUUGUUCUUCGGGUCAAACAAAAAAAGAUGGGAUACAUCAAGAUGUGAAUGGUUUCGUUGAAGAAAAUAGUAAUAAUAAUAAUAAUAAUCAAAAAAAAGGAAAAGGAAGAACGGGUUGGCCUCAACACGUUUGGGCACUUGAACUUAAACAAGAACAAAAUAAUUUACAAUCUCCUUAUGAUUAA